CAUUGGCUUGCAGUCACUUUCUAGUCGCUGUGGUUGGAUCUAUAUUGCUUGUGAUCUAUAGCCGUACCAUGCAGUGUGUGUAUGGCACUUCCCAUCUUUGGAUGUCAUUUUCAGGUUCUGUGCUGUUUUAUUAUCACCAAGAGGUCCAAGACUGACCAGACCUGCUUCUGAAGUUCUCACGGACUGAACCGCCACAUUGAAACCAUGCAAGAUACUGAAACUCUACUAAGGCUUCUCUGCUGUGUCGGUAUCAUGCAUCUAUUUACUGUAGUAAUUGGUGACCCCACAACAGCUUUUAACAACUGUCAAGAUCACCAAUCAAACUGUGUCCAAAAUUCAAUGAAACAGAAAGAAGAUCUGGGGACGGCUGCAAAUGUUGCCCAAUCCAUCUCCACCUCACCUAACAUGAUGAAAAGAGACAAUCAUGAUGUAGCUGUCGAGAUUGACACUGGAAACAGCAGUAAUCAGUGCCUUCAUAUGAUGUCACUUCCUGUUUCACCUGUUGAUUUAGGUGUGCAGCAGAGCAGCUUCACAAAUAGAGCUGUGUCAUCAGACCCUGAUCAGGGAAAUGAACAAACUUUCAUAAAACCAUCAUGUUUUUUUAAUCCCACGUAUAAAGCAACAUCAAAACGGACCAAAUCUUCUGAUUCAGUUCAGACUACCAAAACAACUCAGUUGUUGGUUUUUCCAGAGAUCACAGACAGACUUGACCCUGAACGAAAGUCUGAACCUGUCACCAGUCUGAGAAAUACUGAUCUGACAGCCCAUACUUACCAUGUUCACGAGAUGAGUACUGAUGUCAGAUCAGAGGUCAAAGAUCAAACCUUAAAGGAAUCAUUGCCGACACCACAACUAUCUGUCUCUGAUCUUAAAAACAAUACAGAGUUUACAGUUGUGAUAGACAUGAAGCAUGGAGGAAUAUCUGGAACAGAACAUACUGUGACAAAUGUCCAUCCAACUCAUAACGUCUCACGGGAUAAAUCCACCGAGGGUUCAAUCUCACCGGCAAUAGCUUCGCCUCUGAACUGGACAGCCGUAACCAUGGAAACCAGCACCGGCAGCACCUCGGUCAAUAAAGCAUCAUCACAAGAAAAGCAAGCAGAAAUCAGAGCGACUCGGGGACCCUCGACACUAAAGCCAACACAGCCCGUAGCAAUUACUCAGCAAAUGUUGUUUUAUCAGCCGGAGGGUCCCGGAGAUGAACGAGAGGAACUCGAUUCUGCACUGAUAGAGAAAGAACAAAAGAUGAAAACAGAUGAUUCUCCACAGGCGAAACGAGAGGAUCCCAAAACUAUUCCUGAAACAAAAACACCCAGAAGUGAUGAAUCAGAGACUGUUUGUGGCCCUGCUGCAUGUCCAGAAAGUCCAACCACUGAACCAGCCAAUCAGAUGCACACAGAAGACCCUGCAGUACACAGACCAGGCUUAAGAGGACCAAGGGGGUAUCCAGGCCCACGUGGGUUGCCAGGUCCUCCAGGUGUAAAAGGAGACAAAGGUUACGCAGGAGUCAUGGGUCGAACGGGUCAUACAGGGUACAGAGGACCAAUCGGACCACCCGGCAUGCCGGCUAUUAUAGUGUGGCAAACAUCAGAGGAAGAAUGGAAAGCAUUCAAGAAAAAGAAGUUCUACAAGAAACUUGUGUCAUUGUGGCCGAGAGUAAAAGGAUUGCGAGGGCCUUUGGGACUACCGGGAGAUCCAGGACCACCUGGACUUUCUGGAGUUCCAGGGAAACAGGGGAAGAAGGGAGAGCGAGGGAAAAUUGGAAGAAUUGGACCUGUUGGAAUGCAAGGCCCACCUGGGAGACCAGGUCAAGAGGGCACACAUGGGGAAAAUGGGGAUACGGGCCCACCAGGACCACCGGGGAUGAAUGGUCUGAAGGGUUAUGAAGGAGAAAAGGGAUUUAAAGGGGAGCUGGGUGAGUGGGGGGAACUUGGAGAACCAGGACCACAAGGAACCAAAGGAUUAAAAGGACAGAAGGGAAAUAAGGGAGAGAAGGGCCAAGUAGGAGUAAUGGGGUAUACUGGACCACCUGGACCCAGAGGCUCACAGGGUUUCAUAGGAGCAUCUGGUCCACGUGGAGAGCCAGGCGGACUUGGGUUUAGUGGAUCACCAGGACCACCAGGACGUAUGGGACCAAGAGGGAUAAAGGGAGUUCCGGGUGUCAAUGGACCGCCUGGACAACUUGGAGAAAUUGGACCUAAAGGACUCCCUGGCAAAACAGGAGAAGAAGGUCCUGAUGGUAUUGUUGGUGUUUUUGGACCUCCUGGAUCACAGGGCAAACCAGGGGGAGAUGGACCACCAGGCCCAAAAGGAGACCAUGGAGAUGUGGGAAUUGAAGGAGCCAUUGGAGAUCCAGGACCACCGGGCAUUAAAGGUUCCAGUGGAAAAGCAGGAAUUCGUGGGCCCACAGGUGAUCCAGGUCUGACAGCACAUCGUGGAAGGAAAGGUGAUUUGGGCGAAAAGGGAGAUCGAGGCCCUCCAGGUUUACUAGGUAAACCGGGUUUCAGAGGAAGAGGAGGUCAGUCUGGUGUGCAGGGAGAGAUUGGCCCCAUUGGUCUUGCUGGUAUAGCAGGGCCCACAGGCUAUGAGGGAGCUAUUGGAGAUCCUGGAAGACAGGGACAAGAUGGACUUAAGGGAGAGAGAGGUCCUCCUGGUAUCCAUGGUGUUUCUGGACCACGAGGUGAUAAGGGUCGAAUUGGCCAAGGUGGAUUUUCUGGUUUUCCAGGACCUUCGGGCGAGAUGGGCAAAUCAGGAGAACAAGGACCUGAAGGAGAGCCCGGUAUAAAGGGUAGACCAGGGGUCCCAGGAGGAACUGGAUUUAAAGGUCAAAAGGGACUCCAGGGUGAUUCUGGGAAUCGAGGGCAGGAAGGGAUUGAUGGUGCACAUGGAGCUGUUGGACCACCAGGAUCAGAUGGAGAUAAAGGAGCUCACGGACCCCAGGGGUUACAGGGAACGCCAGGUGUAUCGGGAAUCCAAGGUCCCAUUGGAAAAAAUGGGGAGGUAGGGAGUCGAGGUCUGGCUGGCAAACCCGGAAAGCCUGGAAUCAGGGGUUUUAAAGGCACAGAGGGAUUUAAGGGGCUUCCUGGCAGUCCCGGAGAAAAGGGUAAAAAAGGCCCAGAUGGACCAAAAGGAGUGCCUGGUUCACCAGGUUUGCGAGGAAUACCAGGCCAGAAGGGUUACCCUGGUCCCCUUGGCCUACAGGGAAACAUAGGCCAAUGGGGUCAGAUGGGACAGCGGGGGCCAGUCGGAGAACAAGGACCCCAGGGGCUCCCUGGGCCACAGGGAGUGCCAGGUUACCCAGGCAAAGAUGGACCUCCCGGACCUUCCGGGCCCCCAGGAGACAAAGGAAUUAAGGGAUUAAGAGGAUCUGUUGGAUCAGAGGGAGUUGUUGGUGUUGACGGUGAGGAGGGCCCAUUGGGGGUAAUUGGGCCAAUCGGAGAAGCAGGAAUUAAAGGAUUACCUGGUGAGAAGGGUAAAGUAGGAUCUCUUGGUGAUCAAGGCCCAAAGGGCUUCCAAGGAGAGAUGGGAAAUCAAGGAAAACCAGGAGUAAAGGGACCAAUAGGAAGAGAUGGUUUAAGUGGCUCUCCGGGGCAGAAGGGAGACCCUGGAUCCCCUGGUGAGAAAGGUCAGUCGGGGGCCAGAGGUCGCUCUGGUUUGGCAGGAAGAUAUGGUCUUGGUGGGAACAUUGGGAAAUCUGGGGGGAAAGGCUACAAAGGUCUACAUGGACUUAUUGGUGAUGCAGGAACAAAUGGGCCUCAGGGUCCAAAUGGUGCUCCUGGAUUACCGGGUUUACCCGGAAAUAAAGGAGUUGUUGGACAAAGAGGACGAUUUGGGUCGAAAGGAGAGACUGGAGAUCAAGGGAAUACAGGGACUCCUGGGAGGACAGGAAUAGUUGGAGCUGCAGGUGUAAGAGGAAUGAAGGGAGAGUCUGGAGUACGAGGCAAAGCGGGGCCAAUGGGUCUUCCAGGAUCUGUGGGUCCUCAUGGAGUAAAGGGGAGACCAGGACCUUCUGGACCUCCAGGGGAAAAAGGAGACAAAGGUCAACAAGGGCCAAAGGGAACAGACGUUUUUUCUGGAAGAAGAGGAACUAAAGGUGUUGCAGGAAAGCCAGGACCUCAAGGCAAAAAAGGGAAACUUGGCAAUCCUGGUCUCCGUGGAAAGCAAGGACGCAGUGGAACAGAUGGACUGCUGGGAGUUGUGGGAACUGAGGGAGAUCCAGGUGACAUUGGAUUUAGAGGACCUCCGGGUAGAAAAGGUGAACUGGGUAUUGCUGGUGCCCCAGGAAUACCAGGUCUGCAAGGGAGGCAAGGACUUUCUGGACCAAAGGGCCCUAUAGGAUUGAAAGGUAAACCCGGACCCAAUGGGCCUGUAGGGCCAAAGGGACUUUUGGGACUUGAAGGUGAAAAGGGAGAUGUUGGUCAGAAAGGACCACAGGGCUCUACUGGUAUUAUUGGAUUGCAAGGGCCUGUUGGUCAACCAGGAAACAAAGGAACACAAGGCGCUCCAGGGUACAAGGGCCAACCUGGGCCCAAAGGCAUACAGGGUGAACCUGGUUCUCGUGGUCCUCCUGGUGGUCCAGGAUCCCGUGGUUUAUCUGGUCCUUCUGGAAAGAAGGGUUCAAAAGGUGUUCGGGGAUUACUAGGUAGAAAAGGCGUGAAAGGUCAGAGAGGACAACCUGGGACACCAGGCAUUGGCCAGAAGACACCAAGGGAACAUAUUCCACCAAGAGGAUCACAAAAUAAAGCAACAAUGUUCUCCAGAAAGCCUCGCUUUGAUGAGAAUGAUCAAGAGCAUGAGGAAGAUAGCAGUGCACACAGCUGGUCUCUGGGUACUAAAAACAACCCUGCGACAACCUGCAGAGAGCUGAGUCUCAUCCACCCUCCCCUGAAUGACGGUCAUUACUACAUUGAUCCUAACCAUGGAUGUCCAGCUGAUGCUCUGCGUGUCUUCUGUAAUUUUACCGCUGGUGGUGUUACCUGUGUGUCUCCUGUCCAGUCUAACAUUUCGGGAAUAAGGCCGUCGGUGGACGGAUCUAAGAAGUGGUUUAGUGAACUUCAAAGAGGCUUUAGGUUUGAGUACAAGGAUCUAGAUGUAGUCCAACUGCGAUUUCUGGUGUUACACAGCAACUCAGCCACACAAAGCAUCAAGCUAUUGUGUCCCAAAGAUCACAGGAUUACCGCUGAAAACGAUGGUCAAAUCAAGAAGAUAUUACACUUACGCGGAGACUCCAAUGAGGAAAUUGAUCCAUCCCACAUCAUCAUAUCAAAACAUGACUGUGAGGUAGUGGUGCAGGUGAGAACUGUGUGUAAUUCGGAGCUCCACAGGGGAGACGUGACACUUCUUCCAAUAAGAGAUGUUUCUGUUGAGGUCACAGGAGAGAACUGGGAGGAAGAUGUAAGCGUUGUUCUGGGACCUUUAUGCUUUUUAUAGUCUUCUUUCCAUAAUAGACGACACUCACAGAGCAAACAUGAGGAAUGUGCAUUGAAAUGAUUGUGUGUGUGUGUGUGUGUGUGUGUGUGUGUGUGUGUGUGUGUGUGUGUGUGUGUGUGUGUGUGUGUGUGUGUGUGUGUGUGUGUGUGUGUGUACAUUAUGGUCAUGGAUAUCUCAAGCUAAAUGUUCUUUAUGUUUAUUAUGGCAUUCUAAUAAAUUUGUUAUACACUGAAA